AUGAUGCACCCUGUUACCAGCAGCAAUGCAGCUUUCUGUGGGACUGGCAAGAGCUCCUGCCUUAACGAGGACAGCGUGAGGGCCGCCGAGCAGUUUGACCUGUACGCCGCGCAGCAGAGCAAGUACGGCCACGCCGUCAGCCACAAACCCAUCGCCUGCCAGAGGCAGGACACCCUCAACGAGCCCCACUUGCAGACCACGAGUGGCAGGAGUAUAGAGACAAAAGAUGACCUAAAGAAAAAGAAAAACCUCAACCGCUCUGGUAAACGUGGAAGGCCGUCAGGGACCACGAAAUCAGCAGGGUACCGCACCAGCACAGGUCGACCCCUGGGGACCACCAAAGCAGCUGGAUUUAAGACAAGUCCAGGCAGACCCUUGGGUACAACUAAAGCAGCAGGAUACAAAGUCAGCCCAGGCAGACCUCCAGGAAAAAAGCAGCAAGCCUUCAGGUGUUCCAGUGAUGCCUAACACAUAUUGCGCUGGACUUUGUGCUGUACUUUACACUAGGUGUGUUGCAUUGUUUUGGGGGAACUCUGUAUGCACUGGCAACUAGGACAAUGAACCUCAGCUGCACUGGAUGGCUCCUUAGUCCCUAGAUGAACUAAUGGCAGCUAAACUGCUACUAACAGCCGGUUCCUUCAUGCUGAAGCCAUGAAGUCCAGCCUGUUCCAUUCCUCGGCGAACUCACAAGGCCGACCUUUAGCAGCCCUCACCACGGUGUCACCUCGGCACGCGCAGGAGGCUGAUGUGAGCCAGUCCACCCUCAGGACCUGUGUUGUGUUGGCUGUUUUUAAUCAGAUGGUUUUCCCACAACAGACUGCUCUCAGUUCUUCGAACUCAGCUGGCACAGCAGUCCCCUUCGGCUGAAUGUAUCCUGCAGGAGUGUCACACCUCGCUGGCAAGGAGCGUGUUGCAUGUCACCACUGUACCCUGGAGAACCUCCACCUCUUACCUCCUCCUGCUGCUCCCGGUCACUCCUGUCCUGUUGCUCACCUGUGCAUCUCCCCGAUGGUGCUGUGCCGUGUGUCAGGAGAUGGUGCAGAUGUGUUGCUGUUCUGCUCGUGUAAUGAAUUCUGUAUUCAAGUAUGCUGAUGAAAUAAUGAACUCACUAAGCAAUUGCUGUUCCUUACAGUGUUUAUUCAUCCUGUCAGAGAGAACACAGUCCCGGUGAAAACCAAUUAGCAUUGUCGGUUGUGAAAUGCUGAGCGUGAGGCAGCCGAGUGGUGGCUGCUAGGCACUCUGGGCUUGGCAUGGAGACGGAAGCAUGCUGCUGGCCACUUCCCUGCUUUAGUUGAGAGCUGACUGGAGUUUGCUGGUGCCCUGCAGAGAGGGGAAGAGAAAAGAAGCUAAAGAGAUUCAAAGUGAACUAGAAAUGGAAUUCAGCUUCUCCUAUGUGGGAUCUGCAGAGUACAUUGUGCUGUUUUCCAACACUCUUCUUCCUGAGAGAAACCCUGAACAGCAUGGCAAUGGCUCAGCUUUAUUAGUACUGACGGGAAAACUGGCAUUGCCCCAGUGUGGGAACAUGACUUGUAAGGUAAACGGCUUCUUUUAUAUUCUGUCCCAUCCUUCAGCUACUCAUAAGCUAGGGUCACUGUUGUGUGUUAACACUGUUGGGAAGAGCUACAUGUCAAGUUUGAGUUUUAAUAAUUUCUUUUAAUUAUUGAGUUUAUAACAUCUUAUUUAUACAUAAACGUAUUAGCUUGCUAUUAUUCCUCAACGAUGCUAUACAAGGGCACUGCUUGAUAUACCUAUGGGAACUGCUAUUCAGUUUCUGAUUAAAUUUACUUUAAAACCAAAUAAUUUUGCUACUACCAAGUCUUGCACUGGACAUACUCAAGAUGCUACCACCGUGUUUGGACAGAAGAAAAUCAGAUAGCAUCAGAGGUGGCUGACUGAUACAGAAGAGCAUUUCUAAACUCAGUGGUUAGCUUUGUCACUAACCCAAUAUUCAUAGAGCUUGGAUUUUACCAGAUCCAACUAACCAUGUCUCGAGAGCCAUUAAAGAUCUCUCUUCUGAGUGAAUCUCUCUUCAUUUGGUCUGAAAGAUGCUAGAGCUCAGCCAGGACAAAGCCGAGCCUUGUCCAUGAGGAGCGCUGUGUCUGUGAACUACAACACCCAGAGUGACUCAGAUGAGAAUUUAACUCCCUCCCUCGUGUUCAAAGAGCUUUAAAGGCAGAGCAGUGGGAAGCCAUUUGCCCGAUGGUUUCCUGUGCUGUGGCUCUGCUGGUCUUUGUUACGUGUAUGAUAACAUUUCACACUAUCCUUAGAGUCGACAGUUAAGCAGUUGAUAGCAAUCAUCAACACUUCGAACUGCAGACUUCAUUUCUGACCACAAAAGAAGUUUAUUCUUCUCUAUUUUAAUGCAUAUAUUUUAACACUGCUUAAAUAUAUUUAUGACUUUAGUAGAGACUAGAUUUUUCUCCUUGUGAUUUUUUUUUCCCCUUCAAACAGAAAAAUCUCUAUUCCAAAAUUUGAACCACUUUCUGAUACUUUAAUCCUUCAGCAUUUGCUUUUCCACAGGUUUACUUUGGGGGAAGCAGUAAUCUGUUAACUAACUUAGUAUCAGCACCCCGUCCUCUGCUGUACAAAGCCUGAUUAGAUACUGUGUAUGUUUUUAUGUCCAUGAACUUGAGCUACUCGUGUGCAAUUAUGUGUAUGGGAAUGGAGUAGUGUUCA